CACAAUAAACGGCGCAUCAAGGAUGCAAUCAAUGACGACGCUUUCAUCUCGAUUAGAGAGCUUAAGAAACGGGUUACUCCUCAGGUUUCUAUCGACACUAUAAGGCGGUACCUCAAGGCGGACGGAAUUAUGCACCAAGUAUCAUGAUAAGCCGCUUACGUGGUUUCGUCGUAUUCUAUGGAGUGACGAGUGCUCUAUUCAGCGCAGAGAUGGGCAGAGUCAGAAGUGGGUUUGGCGGCCAAGAGGUCUGUGUAUGGCCACAGGCACUGCCAGUGUGGUGCAGGCCUGGCACCGAUUUGGUGACGAUAUGGUGGAGAUUGGAGCAGACAGAGCCUCGUGACCGCCGAGGGCCACAAAUGUCCGUUAACGAGAAGUGGAGUAUGUGGAUUGGCAAUACCGCGUCGAGCCGCCCUUUGAGGUUGCCUAAUGCGCCGGAGACGCCGGAGAAAAUGAGACACGUCAUAAAGCGUGGGAACCCUCAGAUAUCAUAGUAUGAUAAUUCUCUGGUAGUUGUGCCAUCGC